GUUCUCCUCGGUGCCCAAUAGCCCGUUAGCUCGCUCACUGCCGCCAUGUUCUUCAUUAAAGAGCUCUCGCACACAAUUCUCCUCCACCCGUCCUACUUCGGUCCGCGAAUGCUGAACUUCCUCGAGUCCAAGCUCUACUCGGACGUUGAGGGCACCUGCUCUGGAGAAUUUGGCUAUAUCAUUGCCGUCGUCUCUAUCCUGGACAUUGGCAAGGGAAUGGUGCUUGCGGGCAGUGGGCAGGCGGAGUUCGUAACCCGCUACCGCGCGAUCGUGUUCAAGCCGUUCAAGGGGCAGGUCGUAGACGGUGUCGUGAACAACGUUACCAAGAUGGGCUUCUUUGCGGACGUUGGCCCUUUGACCGUGUUCGUGUCGCACCAGCUAAUCCAUCCCGACAUGAAAUUCGACCCAAAUUCGAAUCCGCCUUCCUUCGCGUCGGAAGAGCAGAUCAUCGAGAAGAACACAAGAGUCCGCCUAAAAAUCGUUGGAACGCGUGUCGACGCCACAGAGAUCUUCGCUAUUGGCACGAUCAAAGAGGACCAUCUUGGCGUUAUCGACUAGAACUUUGGUCUCGGACUUCUGCGCUCGCUCCCCCUACACUACGCUGCCGCUAUGUACUUGCUAUCUGUAUCAAUACCG